CAAAUAUGUCACAGCAAGUCAACCUCAACGAUCUCGAUUUCCAGUCUCUGCAGCAGGUCAAGAAUCAGCUCGAGGAGGAAUUGUCCCAUCUUACACAGUCUUACUCGAAGCUCAAGGGUGCUCAAUCCCGAUUCACUGACUGUGCAGACAGUGUUAAUGCCCUUCAGGGAGAGAGAAGAGAAGAAAAGACCAUCUUGGUUCCAUUGACAUCAUCUCUUUAUGUACCUGGCAAGUUAAGUAACGUUGAAAAGGUUAUUGUGGAUGUCGGCACUGGCUACUACAUUGAAAAGUCUGUCGGUGAUGCAUCCAAAUUCUAUACCGACAAAGUCAAUUACGUGAAGCAGAAUUUGGAAAAGUUGCAAGAGGCAGUAACGGGCAAGCAAAAUAGCUUGAGGGCCAUUGUUAGUGUCAUGCAAGAAAGAGCUCAGCAGCAACAUCAGCAGCAGCAGCAACAGCAGCAGAAAUAGAAUACAAAAUAGUAUUUGUAAGAAUAGAAGUAUAGGAAGAAGAAGAAGUAUCAUCAGUCAUACCAAAAGGAAAAACUAUUAUAAACUUCAAUAUUUAUUAUAUAAAAUUAUAUAAAGCUGUUU